CGCCGUUCGUUGUCAGAAAGUUGUCGUUGUCGUCGCAUUCGUCGCCGCCGCCAUCGUCGUCGUUGUCGUCGUCGUAGUCGCUGUUGCCGUUCAGCUUUCAAUUCCAAUUCAUUUAGUCGAUCGGCAUAGCACUAGAAGCAACAAACAUCAUGCACUAAAAGCCUUUUUUACAUCUCUUCGUUACGUUCCGUUUCGUUUCGGUUUCUCGUGUUGUUCGCCGUCGUCUACUCUACUAUACAACGUUCUGUGCGUGAGUGUGUGUGUGUGUGUGAGUGUGCGUGCGUGUGUGUGUAUUUUAUUUUCUUGCUCACACACAACAAAUGUGCAAAUCAAACAAAUGCAUAUGCAAGUAAAUGGAAGAAGAGCAAGAAGAAGUGCUAUCCUCUCGCACAGCUGAUUUUAAAUCAAAAUUUUAAUAGCGAUCCAACGACGACUCUACCCCAGUCAUCAUCAGCCGUCCCCCCGUGCUCACCUUCCCCCCCGCAGCAAAACACAACACAACAGAUCAGCCAGCCAGCCAGCCAGUCAGUCAGCCUAAGCGAAUUUCUUCUCCACCCCCUUCGUCGUCAUCCUGCAAGCCAACAACGAGAUUCUUCGUUAAGUUGCCGAUUCAACGAUUCGCUGCUUUUGGCCUCUGCGAAUUAUGAAAUGUGCUCAAAAAUCGCUAAAAAAAAAAUGAUGCCAACGAGAAAUGUUGAAUGCGUUAAGCGAAACGUGUUUUAAAUGAAAUCCUUCGUUUCAAUUAAUGAAGAAACGUUUUUACAUUUACCUAAAAAGAAAAACGUGAAAAAAGAGUUAAUCCAAAACUGAAAAAGGCAAAUAAAGAAAGAGAGAGACAGAGAUAGAGAGAGAGAGAAAAUACGAUAAGACAUCACAAACAUCACAAAAAGGUGAUAAUGAUUAUUUCCAAGGAUCUUUUCAUAUUUGGCGAACAAAUUUUUGCAACAAUUAUACCAGAAGGUGGAGUCGCUCUCGCCACGCAACAACAACAGCAGCAACAACAACAGCAUCAACAGCAACAGCCGGCAAUUAUAAAUACGACAACAACAGGAGCAGCAGUAAAUUCAAAAGCAGCAACAGCAACGACAGGAGACGAAGUCGCAGCAACAGCAGCUGAACAAGUUGUUGAGGAGUCAUUAAAAGUAGCAGCAACAUUGGCCACAGCUCUGCCACCAACAGCAGCAGCAGUUCAGCAACAACAACAACAACAGCAGCAGCCAACAGCAGUUAAUACUAAAACAUCGUCGUCAUCAUCAGCAACAGCAGCAGCAGCAUCAGCUAAACAGGAAACAGUUGCAGUUGUUGCUGCCAACAACAACAACAACCACACCAAUAACAACAACAACAAGAUAAAAAUUUCAAAAAUUCCAAAGGCAGCUGAAGAAUUGAAAGCCAAGAAGCAAAAGGCAAAGUGUGAAUCGCUCAAGUCGCAGACACAUUACGAAAAAAUGCCAAUGAAUUUGUUGCUCUCUGAGAAGGAGGAGGAGCCUAACGCCAACGCCAACGUCAACAGCAGCAACCAUAGCAGCAUCAGCAUUCAUAUUGACAACAGCAACAGCAACAGCCACAACAACGACAACAACAAUUCCGACAACGAAUCAUUAGCAAUGGAACAGGAACCGUUGGUUGCCACCAGUCAACGUAAUCUGGCCAAAAUUGUUGCCGAUUGUCGCCUACAAAUCGAUGUGCCGUCAACAGCAACAGUUGCUGCUGCUGCUGCUGCCACAACAACAACACCAGCAACUUGCAGCUCUUCAACAGCAUCCACAACAUCAUCAACUGAAUCGUCGUCAUCUUCUUCUUCUUCUUCUUCCACAUCCUCGGAUUUUACGCACACAUCACAAACGACAUUACCAAGUACGGAUAAUCUGAGCAAAACUUGCAACAUGCUCGAUCCCAAAAGAGUUGUUUAUCCCUAUACAACAGUGAAACAUCAACAAAUGCAACAGCAACAUCAGCAUCAACAUCGGCAGCAUCCGCAGCCACAGCAACAACAACAACAAUCACAGCCAACAUUACAGUUGACAUUUCAGAAUUUAAACGUGUUGCACAACGAACGCAAAAUACUUUCCGAUGUGAGUGGAUUAGUCAGUCCCGGCGAAGUGCUUGCUAUUAUGGGACCCUCGGGCAGUGGCAAAACCACACUCUUGGACUGCUUGAGUGGCCAGCGGCAUUUUGAUAGCGGCAACGUUUAUCUCAAUCGCGAACCACUCUCGAAACGUUGGCGCCGCAAAAUUGGAUAUGUGCUGCAGGAGGAGAUCUUCUUCACCCAGCUGACGUUGCGUGAAACCGUUCUCUACACCGCAUUGUUGCGCCUCCCCGAGUCGAUGGCACGUGCUGAGAAGCUGCGUCUCGUCGAUCACAUAUUGGACACCCUGGAGCUCACCUGCUGUCAGCAGACCAAGUUUGGUGAUUACCUCAAUCGCGGUCUCUCUGGCGGCGAGAAGAAGCGUGCCAACAUCGCCUGCGAACUGCUCACCAAUCCCCUCCUCAUGCUCCUCGAUGAGCCCACCUCAGGUCUAGACAGCCACUCGGCCAUCUCGCUGAUGAAGGUGCUAAAGCGUUAUGCCCAGCUGGAGCAGAAGACGAUUGUGAUAAGCGUGCAUCAACCGUCGUCGCAGAUGUUCCACAUGUUCGACAAGCUGCUGCUGUUGCAUCAGGGACGCACCGCCUACUUCGGCGAGGUGCAGAACAUCUUUCGGCACUUCGAGGACAUUGGUGUGACCAUCAAGCCCCACUACAAUCCCGCUGACUUUGUGUUGGAACAGCUGAAAUCCCAUCCGGAUAUACGUGAAAAGCUGUUUGUUGCCGCCAGGGAAUCGCAUUGCAACUACUUGAAUACCAUCAACAGUAACAGCAACGGCAACGGCCAUCCACAGAGCCAGAGCCAGGACAAGUCGUUGGAGAAGCAGCACAACAGUAAUCUAAUCAAUUAUGUUUACAAUCAAUACGCCAAUCGACACAACACCACAAAGGAUUGCGAUGCCGAUGAGGAGGCUGCUCAGCAUUUGGUUUACAGCGCAGCCGAUUCGCAAUCGAAUUUCAGUUCCUGCGCCUCCAGUGAUUGCCAGUCAUACAGUGCGGGCAAAAAGUGUGCCAACGAUGAUGAUUGGCUCUCGUAUCCCACACGCUUUCACACCCAGUUCAGCGUGCUCUCCAGCCGCAAUUUCAAGGAGGCCAAGCCGCGCAUGCUCUCCAAACUGAAUUGGUUCCAAACCAUCGGUUUAGCUCUGAUGGCCGGGGCCAUUUGGUUCCAGCUGCCCCGCACCGAGGAGUUCCUGCACGAUCUUCAGGGCUGGAUGUUCUUCUCGCAGACCUACUGGAUGCUCUUUGCGCUCUUCGGUGCGCUCAAUUCAUUCCCCUCAGAGCGUGAGGUCAUCAGCAAGGAGCGUCGCUCUGGUGCCUAUCGCUUGUCUGCCUAUUAUCUGGCCAAAAUGUGCGCGGAACUUCCGCUGGUGAUAACUUUACCCACUGUCUACCUCAUGAUAAGCUAUCCCAUGCUGGGCUGCAGCAGCUUUAAGCUCUUCUUUCUGAUGCUAAUCUUUUUGCUACUCAACACAAUUGUGGCACAGAGCGUGGGCUUCUUCAUUGGCGCCUGUUGCAUGGACAUGAAUGUGAGCAUUACGCUGAGUGCACUCUAUACGCUUGCCACACAGCUCUUUGGCGGUUAUCUUUCGUCACGCAUUCCGGAAGGUCUCAGCUGGAUACGGUAUACAUCAAUGAUACACUAUGCAUAUCAGAAUAUGCAAAUACUCGAGUUCCGCGAGGGUCCGCCUAUUAGUUGCGGAUCGCCGAGCAGCUAUGAGAUAUGCAAACAGCAGACAACCGAAUUCAUUCCAUAUGAGGAAAUACUCAAAGCACAAAACUCAACAUCACCAUUGUGGCUGAACACGCUGAUACUGAUGAUGUUCUUUCUGGUAUUUCGCGGACUGGGCUAUGCGGUGCUGCGCUAUUUGCGGUGCCCCAAAAAGACGUGAUACAGCUGACAACGAACCAGUGAUACGUAAUUUGUAACAAGUGUAAUCCUAUCAUACAUAUAUCGUACAUGCAUACACAUAUGUAUAUUCGAUAUAUACAUAUUGUAUAUCCUGUAACCUAAUCUAAAUGUUGAACAAACUACAUGCAAACAAACGUGCGCCAAUUUUUGUGAUUCAAAUUUCAAAAGCCACAUCAAUUAGUAUAUAACUAUUAUAUAUCAUUAUUAAAUAUUUAGUUUAAAUGUAUUCACAACACACACCCAUAUACACAUAUAUUUCUAUAUCAAUCUAUCAAUCUGUAUGUAUGGCAAACGACAGGCGCUAUAUCCAAAAUUUGUUUGUUGCAUUUGGUGAACAACAAUUUUUGUUUUGUUUUAUGCAUUUUAAUUGUUAGCCAUUUAUCCUAAAGCCUAUUAUUAUAAUUAUUACAAUUAUCAUUAUCAUUAUUAUUAUUACUAUUAUUAUUAUGUUGCGCUGUUAAAGAGAAAUAUUUGUUUUGCCUUUUGCGAAAAUAAUGUUUUAAUUUACGUUUUUUAAAUCCAAAAGUAAUGCAAGUUAACAGCAUAUAUUAUUAUUAUUCUAUAUCUAUAUCACACAUUACUGUACUAUAUGCAUAUAUUUAAAGUUCUAGAAAGUUUUGUAGAUUUUUUGCAAAUUUUUUCAAUUGGGAAAAAAACACUGUGAUUUAGUAUGCUAGUUUUUUAAUUAGUUUUAAGCUGGCUCCAUAAGUGUUUGCCACAACAAUAAAAACUAUGUAAAACAUCAACCAAUUGUAUAAGCAUAUACAUCAUUGUAAAUGUUUACAUUAACU